AAUUGCUCUAGUUACUGCGCAUAAUUGAUAAGAAGACCUUAUCAUUUGUGCCUUUUCUCGCUCUGCAACAAAUCCGGAAUGAAUACAAUCAUUGUAUUUCAGUGUUCCAUGACCGAAUCUCCACAAAAACACAACUUGUGAAAACUUUCAGAGAUUGUGGAAGAUCCAAUAUUGUGCUUAGCAAACAUCUCUAUCUACCUCUUCAACUUCCACAUUAACAUAAACAAACACAAAAGCAGAGAAGAUGGGAAAUGCUACAAACCCAUUCAAGGAUCAAUCAUUAUGUCUCAUUAAGAGAAUUCUUCCAUUAACACUCUAUGCUUUGCUUCCUAUUGCUCUUCUUCCCACUGCUUUGCUUUGCUUACACUUUUACCCUCUUUCCUUUCCUCCUCCCUCUCCUCCACAAACUCAUCAUCUUCCUCAUUCAAACUCCAUCACCAUCACCUACCACUCUUCUCUUUCUUCUUCUUCUUCUUCCCCUAUUCCUCCUUCUUUUCCUUCUUCGUCGUCGUCAUUAACAACAAAUUCUUCUUCUACAGAAAAGGAAAAGGCUUAUUAUGACGAUGAAGAGAACCAAUGUGACUACUCCAAUGGAGAAUGGGUGAGUGACAACACAGGCCCUAUGUACAAUGCAACCACAUGUGGAACGGUCAAAGGGACUGAGAAAUGCACCCCAAAUGGAAGACCUGACUCAGGGUACCUAUAUUGGAGAUGGAAGCCAAGUCAAUGCAAUCUUCCAAGGUUUGACCCCAACAUUUUUCUCCAACUUGUUAGGAACAAGCACAUUGCUUUUCUUGGUGACUCUCUUGCUAGGAAUCAAUUAGAGUCACUACUAUGCAUGUUGACCACAAUUUCAACACCAAAUCUUGUGUAUAGAAAUGGUGAGGACAAUAAAUUCCGUAGGUGGCACUUCCCUUCUCAUAAUUCAAGUUUCUCAUUGUAUUGGUCCCCAUUUCUUGUUCAAGGUGUAGAGAGAUCAAAUAAUGGGCAAUAUUAUAAUACUAUGUAUUUGGAUCAUGUUAAUGAGAGGUGGGCUAGGGAUAUCGGUAAUUGGGAUAUGAUUGUAAUUUCAUUUGGCCAUUGGUUUUUGCUUCCUUCAAUUUACUAUGAGGGUGGGAAAAUUUUGGGAAGCUUGAAUGUUGCUGAAUUUAAUCACACUCAAAUUGAUUUUUAUGAUCCAUUAAGGAAGGCAUUAAGGACUACCCUUAAUAGCAUAAUUGAGAGGAAACUAGCAGGGGGUAGAAAUGGAAAUUCCAAUAAUAAUGGUGUUGAUGUAAUUGUGAAGACAUUUUCACCUGCUCAUUUUGAAGGUGAUUGGGAUAAGGCAGGUACAUGUUCAAUGACUAGGCCUUAUAAGGAAGAAGAGAAAAAGCUUGAAGGAAUGGAUGCUGAGAUUAGGAGGAUUGAGAUGGAAGAAGUGGCAAUUGCCAAGGAAAAAGCCAAUAAUGAAAGUGGAUUAUUAGGGUUUAUUAGAUUUGAGGCAUUGGAUGUAACAAAAUUAGCACUCUUAAGACCUGAUGGUCAUCCUGGUCCUUAUAUGUAUCCUUUUCCAUUUUCUAAAGGGGUUCCAGAACAUGUUCAAAAUGAUUGUGUUCAUUGGUGUUUGCCAGGGCCUAUAGAUACAUGGAAUGAAAUUUUUCUUGAAAUGAUCAAGAAGUGGAAAUAACAACCAAGGGAAUAAUGAAAUAUUAUUGAUGUAAUUAAUAUACUAUUUAAACAUAUAUAGGUGGUGGUGACUAUUGCAUUAGGGAGGUGAUUUUUUUGUUUAUACAUUUUUUUUAUGG